AGAAUCAAUCGACUCCCAAUAUAUGGUGGGAAUUGGACCGGUUCUACCCAUUUCUAAUAUGGUUCAGGCAAAUCUUAUCCAAAUCAGCCUUUUUUUUAUCAAACCUAAACAAGACAAUGGUCAAUAUUUGAAAUCUAGGGCGUGCAGGUUUCAUGAUAACCGAAAUAACGAAUAUCCUGUCCAGCAUCAUUUUUCUUGAAAGAAACGGAACAAGAAAGAUGACCAAGCUUAAUUUCAACACGCUUAAUUUCAACUUUUAAGAACUCAUCCCAGCUUAUAUCAACUUUACAUUAUAGGGAUCACAAAGGUAUGAUCUGAAUAAGAAAUGCAUCUCCUCGGAGUCCCUGGUUGCGUAACAGGCUCUCUGAGCACCACUUGUUGCUUAUCUUCUGCCAAGAUUGGUCCAGUGGAAGUAAAGAAGAGGUUGUGGCCAAGAAUGAUUAAGUUGAAGGCCAUUGAAGCCACAGAAAUCAGCUUUCAGGAAUUUGGGCAAGUGAUGGAGCCUUCUCCUGAUGGCCAGGAAUUCGGCCCCCAUGAUGCACAGCUUGAGCUUCACCGUGGUAUCCCCAGGUUUUAUAUCAUGCAUGUAGAAGAUCGACCAUUUAGGUUCUCUCAGAUAACUCAUCAUGCAAGUGUUACGCAAUGCCUUGGUUCUAUUGGUGGUCAAGAGUGGUACCUUGGUGUUGCAAAGGCUUCUCUAGUCGAUAGAUCUGAAGUCAACGAUGACUCUGGAAGUGCACAUUGUCAGAUUGAUAACUUGGGAAUGAAACUUCGAAAAGCAAAAUCUGGACACUAUUAUCUCCCUCCUCUUCUUGAAGAUGUUCGCAUUUUCCUGGUAGAUGGUCCAAAAUGUUUGAAGCUUAAUAGAGGAACAUGGCAUGCGGGCCCUUUAUUUAGAUCAAAGACCAUGGAUUUCUACAAUAUGGAACUGAGCAACACCAAUGUAGUUGAUCGCACCACACAUGAUUUUGAACAAGAAGAUGGUGUAAUAUUUUUGAUUGACGACUAGUUCUUCAAAUUUAAAAAUUGUGAAAGUGUAUAUGGAAGUAGGACCUUGACUGUAAGAAAAUUCAAACAUUGGGUUCUCAAAAACAGCCUUCAGAAAACUUCUGGUUUGUACAGUAGGAAUCUACUGGUCACUAUGAAUAAAUUUAAAGGCAUUUUUUAUGAUCACUGAGAUGAACAAAUU